AGUGAAGAUAUUGGUGAUCUAGGUCCUAUCAGAUGGCAACUGUUACUGUGUUAUUUACUGGCCUGGAUCUUUGUCUGUGCUACUCUCAGUCGAGGGGUUAAAUCUUCAGGAAAAGUGGUAUAUUUCACCGCGACCUUCCCCUAUAUAAUAUUGGUGAUUCUGUUUAUUCGAGGUAUCCUACUUGAAGGAGCUUACGAUGGUAUAAUGUUCUAUAUCACCCCUGAUUUAGACAGACUGGCCUCGGCUGAUGUUUGGAAGGACGCAGCUGUUCAGAUUUUCUUCUCUCUCUCGGCCUCGUGGGGUGGACUGAUAGCCCUGUCCAGUUAUAAUAAAUUUCACAACGAUUGUUUCAGGGACACCGUCAUCGUUACGUUUGGUAAUUGUUUAACUAGUGUGUUUGCUGGGUUUGUUAUUUUCUCCUACCUUGGUUUCCUAGCUCAGGAUACUGGCAUGGCCAUAGCUGAUGUCGCAGAGAAAGGUCCUACGUUAGCCUUCGUGGUGUAUCCAUUCGCUGUAACGAAGCUACCCAUCUCGACUCUAUGGAGUAUUCUGUUUUUUAUCAUGUUGGUCACUCUCGGUGUCGACAGUCAGUUUGUGUUGGUAGAAACUGUCUCCACGUCUUUCUUGGAUCUCUUCCCAAGAGCCAGGAAGUUUAAAGCUGCCACGGUUUUUGGUUUCGGGUUGUUAUUUUUCUUGUUGGGUUUGACCCUCACAACCAACGGAGGUGUUCACAUGUUAGAUCUAAUAGAUUAUUAUGCUGGUGGAUGGAAUGUUCUGGUUAUUGCUCUAUGUGAAUGUAUAGCACUCGGUAUGGUUUACGGAUGUCGAAGAUUUACGGCUGAUAUAGAAACUAUGCUGGGAUCUAAAGUCUGUGGAAUCUUCCCGUUUAUUAUCUGGAAAUAUUGGUUUAGUUUAUGUUGGGUUGUUCUUACUCCCUUAGCUCUCCUGUUUAUUUUAUUCUACUCGUUGAUUUUCUAUACCCGACUGGACUCUCAACCCCAUUGGGCUGAUGCCUUAGGGUGGGGAAUGACCCUCAGUGUGAUCCUGGCUAUAUUUAUACCUGCUAUUGUUCUCUUAAUCCAAACACCUGGUACCAUAUCACAGAGAUUUAAAAUUCUGACUACCCCGACUAGAGAAUGGGGACCCGCCCUUCCUAAAUACAGA